UUUGUGUUUUCAGAGAUAGAUGUGUCUCUGGAAUCAUCACAACCAACCAUUUUCUUCACUGUUUUAAUUAUUGUGAAGUAUGAAUUAUUGUCUUUAUUUAGGUAAAGAAGACUUUGGUACAGAGGAAGAACAUUUUGUGAAGGAGCAAACACAAUAAUGGCCGAUCCUGUAAUUGGUGCUACUGCUCAAGUUUUGCUUGACAAGUUGCUUUCUCCCACUAUUGAGGAGGUCAAAAGUUUAAGGAACUGCAAGAAAAAUCUCGAAAUGCUGACAAAAAAUGUAUCCUUGAUCCAAGCUUUCAUUCAUGAUGCUGAAAGACGACAAGUCGAAGAUCAGGCUGUGGAAAAAUGGCUCAAGAUGCUUGAGAGAGUUGCUGAAAAUGCUGAUAAUGUGUUUGACGAAUUCAGGUAUGAAUCUCUCAAAAGACAAGUGAAGAUUCGAAACAAUCCAAUGAAAAAGGUCAGUGAUUUCUUUUCUCAUACAGCUUUUAAGAGCAAAAUGUCUCAAAAAAUCAACAACAUCAAUGAAGAGUUGACGGCUAUCAAUAAGUUAGCCAAAGACCUUGGUCUCCAAUCAUUGAUGGUUCCUCCUCGGCAAAUACUACUAAUUCGAGAAACAGAUUCUGUAGUGGUUGCUUUGGAUGUUGUUGGUAGAGACAAAGAUGUUGCUGAAAUAAAGGAGAAGAUAUUGACCAUGAGAGAGGAUGUUGUUCUGUCAACCAUUCCAAUAGUGGGUAUGGGAGGUUUAGGGAAAACAACUGUCGCAAAGAGAAUUUACAAUGAUGAACACAUCAAGCAAACCUUUGAAAAGAGAGUUUGGCUGUGUCUACCUGAAAUGUCGGAGACUAAGAGCUUUCUUGAACUGAUCCUCGAAUCAUUGACAGAGAGGAAAGUUAAGGUCCAGAGCAGAGAUAUAAUUGUCAUGAAGCUCCGAGAUGAACUGGCAGGAAGGAAGUAUUUGCUUGUCCUGGAUGAUUUCUGGCGUGUUGACUCUACAUUGUGGAAUGAGUUUGUGGAUACCUUGAGAGGAAUAAAUACUUCCCGGGGAAACUUCAUUCUCGUGACUACUCGUAUGGAACAGGUGGCGUCCACAGUAGCAGCAGUAGGUCCUCAUAAGUUGGAAAAACUAGCAGAAGAUCAUUGUCGGUCCAUUUUCAAACAAAGAGCGUUUGUUGAUGGGGAAAUUCCAGAGGAAUUAGCAAGCAUGGGCAACAGGAUUGUUAAAAUGUGUCAAGGUCUACCGUUGGCUGCAAGUGUAUUGGGAGGCCUCUUACGCAGUAAGGAAAAACAUGAAUGGCAGGCAAUUCUUGAUGGAAACCCCCUUGUUGCAGGUGAAGAUGGUAAUGGAGAAAAUAGCAUAAAGAAAAUCCUAAAACUCAGCUAUGAUUAUCUACCAUAUCCACAUCUGAAAAAAUGCUUUGCUUACUUUGCAAUGUUUCCAAAAGACCUUGAGUUUGAAAAGGACCAACUGAUCCAACUCUGGAUGGCAGAAGGCUUUCUUCAUCCAUGUCAAGAGACCACCGUGAUGGAGGACAUCGGGAACAAGUUCUUUCAACUCUUGUUGCGGAAUUCCUUGCUGCAAGAUGUUAAGCUAGAUGAGCAUAACAAUAUAACACACUGUAAGAUGCACGAUCUUGUGCAUGAUUUGGCUGGAGAUAUCUUAAAAUCUAAACUAAUUGAUCCAAAGGGCGAUGGUGGAGAAAAUCUUUCUCAUGCACGAUACUUUGGAUGGGACUCACCAAGUGAUCAAAUAGAUAAGAUAAAUGAGCCAGGACGUUUGUACACACUGUUCUGGAGAAGCAAUCAUAUAUCGGAAGAUAUGCUGUUGAGCUUUAAGUUCUUGAGAGUUUUAAAUUUGUCCAGUUCAGGAAUCAAGGAGCUGCCAGCCAAAAUCGGCAAGCUAAUAUACUUGAGAUAUCUUGAUCUCUCCAACACUAAGAUCACAGCCUUGCCCAACUCCAUUUGCAAGCUCUACAAUUUGCAAACAUUUAGAGUCAAUGACUGCUAUUCACUCAAGGAACUUCCAUAUGAGAUGGGAAAUAUGAUAAGUUUGAGACACAUUUACUGCUAUUCUCGAUCUCAGUUGCCACUUAACAUGGGACAAUUGACUUGUCUUCAGACCCUGCAGUAUUUCAAUGUGGGGUUAGAGAAAGGGCGUCGAAUAGGAGAAUUAGGUUGUUUGAAGAACCUUAGAGGUGAAUUGACGAUCAAUGAGCUGGAAUUGGUCUGUAGUAUUGAAGAAGCUCGAACAGCAUAUUUACAAGAGAAAUCGAUUAUCUACAAGCUGGCAUAUGUGUGGUUCCACGAUGAACCAGAAGGCUGUGAAACCAUUGUUGAGCAUGUGUUGGAUGGUCUUCAACCGCAUACUAACUUGAAAACCUUAGAAGUCAAGAACUAUUUAGGUACUAGAUUUCCUUCAUGGUUCAGAGAAGAAUCUCUACCAAAUUUGGUCAAGUUGAAAUUAAGUGGUUGCAAAAGAUGCAAAGAAAUUCCAUGGCUUGGCCAACUGAAAUUGCUUCGGCAUCUUGAGCUAUUAGGGUUACAUAAGGUUGAAUGCAUCGGAACUACUUUUUAUGGUAUUGAUGGUAACAACAUUGGAUCAAGCAGCAAUGUCCAAGUGUUCCCAUCAUUGACUGAACUAGUAUUGAAGGAUAUGUCUAGCCUUAUUGAGUGGAAGGGAGAUGAAAUUGGAGUAAGAAUGUUUCCUCUGCUUGAGAAGUUGAGGAUUAGUAGCUGUCCAUUGUUAAAAAUUACUCCAAGUCAAUUUGAAAUCCUCCGUGAAUUAAGAAUUGAAAGAGUUGACAGUGAAAUGCCAUUGUUGAACUUGUGCAGUAAAUUGACAUCUCUCGUAAAGCUUAGUGUUUAUGAUGUGAAAGAGCUCACUUGUUUUCCAGAUGAGAUGCUACGCAACAAGGUUUCUCUUCAACACCUAUUGGUCUCAGACUGUGGAGAGUUUCGUGAAUUGCCACAAAGCUUAUACAGUCUCCGUUCUCUUAAGAGCUUAAAGAUUUACCGCUGCACCAAUUUCAGUUCCUUUCCUGUUCCCAGUGGAGAGAAUUAUUUGACUUCCCUCCAAAGUUUUCAGUUAUGGAACUGUGAUGGAUUGACCAGUUUACCAAAUGGGAUGCUAGAGCAUUGUCGGUCUCUGGAAUCUUUGAUGGUCUGCUACUGUAACAACUUAGUUUCCUUCCCUAUACGUGUGGGGGAAAUGCCUUUACUUUUUGAUGUGUAUCUAUCAGAAUGUCCCAAAUUGAUUAGUGUACCCGCAGGGGACCUUUACCGUCUCACUGGGUUACGGCAUUUGGAAAUUGGUCCUUUCUCAGAGAUGGUGGAUUUUGAGGCAUUCCAAUUGAUUUUCAAUGGCAUUCAGCAGCUGUUGUCCCUUCGUUUUUUGUGUGUGGUAGGACAUUUGCACUGGGAUUCUCUGCCCUAUCAGCUUAUGCAACUCUCUGACCUAACAGAGAUCCAAAUAUAUGGAUUCGGAAUCGAGGCUCUUCCUCAUAAAUUUGACAACCUUGCUUCUCUUGAAAGAUUAACGUUAGUGAGGUGCAAACGGCUACAACAUCUGGACUUCUCAAUUGCCAUGCUCAAAUUACGGCAUCUCCAGAUACAGGAUUGUCCAUUGUUAGAAACUCUGUUGUAUGGGCUUGGCAACCUUGUUUCUUUGCAGGAGUUAGUUUUACAGAAAUGCGAGAAACUAGAGCAUCUGCCAUCCGGAGAUGCCAUGCAACGCCUCACCAAAUUACGGUACCUGAAAAUUGAAGGCUGCCCAAAGUUAGAAGAAAGUUGCACCAAUCGGAUUGGCUCAAACUCCCAGUGGUCCAACAUUUCCCAUAUUCCAAAAAUUAAAGUAGGUGAAAGCAUAAUUCAGGACUUAAGUAACUAGAUCAAAUGUCAUGCUGGAACGUUGCUAGCUGUGGUAUAUCAAGUCAAAAUUUAUGGUUGGCUGUGUUUUGUAUGCAUGCAAUGUAAGCUUGGUUGCGUUUCUAGCACCAUGAGGGACGUUCAUCCAUUUGGUUUAAGGAUUCUCUACUCUCAUUGGACCAAACAUCUCCAUAUGGUUGAACAACGGCAUGGAAAAAAGACUAUGAAGUUUCAUAGUCAUGAUUGUCAAGGAAAAUUGCAUUUCGUAAAUUCAUUUGCAUUUGGCUGGAACUGGAAUUGAGAUACUAUUCUGUAUGUGGAAAAUUCUGGACUAAGAUCUGUCAGCUGAGGACUUUCGUGCAUUGUGUACAUGCUACACUUGCCUUUUCUUGUAUAUAGAGAUUUUGUCUCCAGCAAACAGUUUUUUAAUUAUUUUUUUAACGUUGUGUGGGGUUAGGUUUGACCCCUACCACGUCUGUAACAUCCAAAAAGUUGCAAAAGCAGAAGGGGACAUGGACCUAACUUCCAGCAAACAGUUUAUAUUCGCUUAACUGUUGUAUCAUUGUCUAGUUGAUAGCUUCUUUAAUGUAUCUCUGUUUUCCUUUCGAAA